GUUUGGUUCCCGGAAAUGCUUCUUGGGCGGGUGGUGCACCGGGCGGCGCCGUCCCAUUAUUCGCCAUACUUGCACAUCAGCACACAACGAACGCACUUACUCUCGGGCACCUGAAAGCCACUGCUUUUGACUAAAAGACAUGGCUGAGGAUGACAUGACUCCAGAGCAGCUAGCAGCCAUCGCUGCUGAAAAUGAGGAGCCAGAGCACGUGAACUACAAGGCACCUGCCCGGAAGACUGUGCAGGAGAUCCAUGAGAUGGAUAAGGAUGAUGAGAGCUUACGUAAAUAUAAAGAAGCUCUCCUCGGCUCUGCAGUCGCUGCUGCCGAUCCCAACGUUCCCAAUGUCCAGGUGACCCAAAUGGCACUGUUGUGUGACAGUGCCCCAAAUCCUCUCGUGCUGGACUUGCAAGGAGACUUGGAAUCCUUCAAGAAUGAAGCCUUUGUUCUUAAGGAAGGAGUUGAAUACAAAAUAAAGAUCAGCUUUAAGGUGAACAGGGAGAUUGUUUCAGGUCUGAAAUACGUGCAGCAGACUUACAGGAAAGGAAUGAAAAUUGACAAAUCGGACUACAUGGUGGGCAGCUACGGGCCCCGCCCGGCUGCAUAUGACUUUCUGACCACGGUGGAGGAGGCUCCUAAAGGGGUGCUGGCCCGCGGCAACUACGUCAUCAAAUCCAAGUUCACCGACGACGACAAGCACGAUCACCUGAACUGGGAGUGGAACCUCAACAUCAAGAAAGACUGGAAAGACUAAACGUGGCCUUCGAGUGGGUGGCGAGUGAAAGAUGUUGUGUCCGCCGCCCCGCAAACCAAUCCUGCAGUCUCCUUCCGCCAUUUGGGCCUUCUUGUGUUAUUUUAUUUUUACCGUCAUGCAUUUCAUCAUGUGGUCAUGCCUUCUGCCUGCUUAUGCCUGGCUCCGCUUGUCUCAACAUUCCUUUCACUCCUUUCGGCCUUUGUAGCAGCACUUUUCCCUCAUCCAUCCGAGUAACCAUCCAAUCAUAUCACCUCAUUAAGCUUCGAUUGAUGGAUCCUCCCCCACCCCCUGCUUCGCGCCCGUUCGUUUUGCCGGUCGAGAUCAAGAGCCGCUUCACCGGAAUGGUGUCUUCCUUUCAGAAUGAAGUACAUGGUUAAAGCAAGUGUACAAUCAACUUGAGUUUGCCUUUCUAUCUAGUUGUAUCACUGGUUGUGCACCCGUGUGACUGUAUCCACAUCACUGAUAAUCAGCUGUCUCCCCACCAGAUUCCUUUUCUUGUUCUACCUGCUUACUGUCUUUUGAUAUAGUGACCAAUAUUGGCCUUUGUUCUCAGCUGCUCUACAUGUCGUCAGUGUUUUGACCCUUAAAAACUGCCUUGGGAUUGGUUUGGCGUUGGGGCCAAAGAAAAUUAAUGGGACUUUGAGAUUAAAGCUUAAGUAUUACAAGGAAAAAGUCAGACAUUCUAAAAUUACAAGGAAAAAUGGCAAUACCAGGUCGAAAUCGUAUUGCUUAACUACAUGAAAAAAAAGUCCUGCUCGAAAUACUACGUAGUAACGUAACAUAAAUUGUAAUAUUAUGAGAUUAAAGUAGUUAUAUAAUGUAUCUUUACGUAUUGUGUAUGGAUGCAGUGCAACUAAUUUAGCAAAAUUAGCUGUUACGUACUUUACAUAGUGCUAAAACACCUCCGUUAAUCUUCAGAAAAUCGGUUUUAACGUAAUCUUUUAGCACAUUUAUCAAAUUAUAAUCAAUAUAGAGGUCUUUGAUAAUUUGUCAUAGCUCCCAAUUUGUUCAUUUAACAGCAGCGGUUUGGAGCUACGUAAAGUACUUAGCAGCUAAUUUGGCUUUGUUAGCCACACUGCAUUACAUAAUAUUUUCUUGUAAAGUUACAACUAAUCUUGUUAUACUAUAACUUUAUUCUCAGAGUCCUAUUUUUUCCCCCCUUCCUUUUGGCCCUAACAGUCAGUCGUACAAGCGAACAUUAACCUUGUGUGGAGUUGCUGCCAGGUAGCCUCGAAAGUCAAGGGCUCACUUCGCUAUCAACUCACCUGUAGCCCUGUUGAAGUGGAGGUUGUUUUGAAAGGUUACUUGUCAAUUGCACAAACGGUCGUAGCUCCCCAAAAAUACAGCCUUCAAAUUGAAGAGUCGUGAAUGUUUAGAAGAAUUGGAGAAAAACAAAGCCCGAGGCCUUAUCGCUAAGUAAUGUUUUGUGUUCUUGUCGGUGGUCUUUCUCUUUUGCCUUAAUGUACACUUGUCCCUUGCAACAACUCCCGAGCUGGCUUCGGCUGGGAGAUUUUGAUGGCGUCGGGAUUAACCAUUUUUCCCCCCACAGUUACAACAGUUUGAUAACAGUAUUUCAUAUGAAGACUUCUGAAAAAACAUGACUGGCAAUGCAAACCCUAAAUGAACUCGUACUGUACCGGAGCACAUGGAUGUAGAGCUUUUAUGUUUUAUUUUUGGUGGUUUUUUUGAAAGCUAUGUAUUCCUGCGCCAUACAUUCCUAAACAUUGUAUAGUUUCUAUGAAAUCACUGGCAUGCUGGUGGGGUUGUACAUGAUAUCAUUUGUGAUUGGUCUUGCUCAAUAAAGAUUUUGCUCAA